CCUAAUUUGGUGCCAGGCGCGGUGAAUCCCAGCAUAUCGCCUGAUACGCUUGGGCAACUUUCCCCCGGUCCAUUGUUUUCGCCUCGCCAUCCUUGGCCCCGUUAUUUACAGCCCGUCUUUUUUCCCUUUCAUAACCUCGUCUGCCCUUUCCCCCUCUUCCUUUAGGUUUCUUUCUUCCUCUUCUCUUCUUCCUUUCCUCCCUUACAGUCCUUCGUUUCGUGCUACUCUGUCGCGCUCGUUUCGCUACUUACUUCUACACUUCAGUCAAUCUCAAACGUCUGUCGUUUCCUCGAUCCAUUCGUCAAGAUGAAGUUCAACAGCGCUAUCGCUCUCUCCUCCCUCCUGGCUCUGGCCGUCGCCCAGGACUCUUCCUCCACUACCAGUGCCGCGACGACCACUGCUAGCUUGUCUCCUCAGGCUUCCUGCGCUGCCAAGUGCGCUGAAACCGAGAUCUGCUGCAUCGCCAACUGCUACAGCGUGCCCUGCCCCGACAACGCCCAAGCCAACGACACCACCAGCUGCGUUGCCGCCUGUCCCCAGGGUUCCGGCUCCCCCAGCGACCAGAAAGCCUACGCCAGUUGCCAGAGCAGCUGCUACAGCAGCUACUUCUUCCCCGCCAGUGCCACGGGGGCGUCGGGCUCUUCCGCUACCACUGCCGGCUCCAACGACGCCAGCACCACCAAGAGCGGAAGCUCCUCUUCGUCGACCGGCUCUGGCUCCGACUCCAAGUCUGGCUCCUCCGGAACUAGCACCGCGACUGGUGCUCAUGCCAGCAGCACCGAGAACGCCGCUGCUAUCACGCAGCUCAAGCUGGGCGUUUCCGCAGCCGGUGUUCUUGGCUUCGUCUUGGCUGCUUGGGCUCUGUAAAUGAGCUGAACGCUAUACCUUGAUCGAUGAUUACAGUAUGAAGGGGAAAAGGGAAGGGGGGAAGCUAUCUGUCUACUUGCACACUUAAUCCAGCGCUUUGUGUUAAUAUGAUUGAUUGAUUACGGGAAACUAAGGAAAUUAGCUAAUAUGGGAACUUGUCACUACUACCACUGCCUGUUUAUCUUAUAUCACUCGUGGAUUAAUAAUUAACUUGAUUGCU